AAACCAGAUCACAAAAUUCACUGAUUCCAAUCUAAAUUAGUCAAAAGAGAUACCAAACAUCUUUACAAUGUGCAAAGUUGUCGAUACGAAAGGUAAGAACGACGAGCCUAAACAGCCAGAAUGGCCAAAAAACGUGAUGGUUUUCAAGCCUACUGAUAAGGUUGACGAUAUCAAGAAAAGAAUCAAGCCAACCGAGGACCCCUCCAAGACCUUCGAAUUGAACGGAGAAACGAAGUUGACGUACGUUUCCGACCACCACUUCAGUACCAAGCGCUAUGCUCUCCUCUUUGCUCCUGGUGAAUACAAAGAUUGCCAGUUCGAAGUUGGAUACUACGUUCAAAUGGCAGGACUUGGUAAAACAGCCAAGGGAGAAGGUGCCGUUGUUUUCACAGGCGAAAAGAGUGGCCCAUUUGUUCCAGCGCUCAACAAGGACAUGCCCGUGACCGAAGGCGGUAGCAUCGACUACCCAGGAUCUGGUCUUUGUCUCGAUACGUUCUGGAGAUCGGCUGAGAACUUUAGCGCCGAAAAUGUUCAAUGGGCCGUUAGUCAAGCUGCACCACUGCGAAGAACACACGUUCUGAACAAAGUUGAAUUUGGAGAUGGGGGAGCUUACUCCAGUGGGGGAUUUUUUGCCAAUGCCGAUGUUGAAGGAGAGUGUACCUACGUUGCCAAUCAACAAUGGUUCACUCGGGGUGUUGAACUCGGUGGAAACGUCGCUGGUGGUGCUUGGUCUACUGUCUUUGCAGGCUGCACAGGGAACGUCCCCGAAGCAAGUACUUCACCUCUACCGAAAGAUAAGCCUUUAGUGACGGUCGAAAGUACUCCAAAGGUCAGAGUGGAAAAACCCAUGAUUGUAUUGAAUGAAAACGGCGACUACGAGCUCCAUGUGCCUCGUGCUACCGCAGAUCCGACGCUUACUGUUGGUGCGCAUUUGGACGGCAGCAACACCGAAGUCCGUUGCUUCUCGAACGUGAAGGUUGGAAAACCAAUACUUCACUUCGAUGAGGAUGGGAACUAUGCUGAAAUUCCCGACGAUGAGUACAAUGUACUCACCGAUGCGGACAAAAAGCUUACACUAGAGCUUCAAGAGGCUCUCGACGAAGGCAAGGAUCUUGUUCUAUGCCCUGGAAUCUACUUUCUUACACAGCCAUUGGUCGUCAAGAAUCCAGGCCAAGUUGUCCUUGGUCUUGGUCUUGCAUCACUCAUCGCGCCCCAAGACGGAUCGCCCUGUAUUCGUGUACAGGCAAAUACGCCUGGCGUACGAAUUGCGUCGUUGGUGUUGGAGGCAUCAAAGCAAGAUGAUUCAAGUGUAGGAUCGGAGUAUAUGAACUCGGACAAGGUGAUGUCUCUAAUUGACUUUGGAGAGCCCGAUAAAACUGGAACAAGUGAUCCUGGGGAUCCGACCAAUCCUGGGCUACUCUCAGACAUCUUUACUCGAGUCGGGGGAUCGAAUUUGGAUCGUUCCGUGAAAACAGAUGUGAUGGUGCGAAUCUUCUCUGGCAAUGUCGUUGGCGAUAAUCUUUGGUUGUGGAGAGCUGAUCACGUAAGACUUCGUCCUGGCGAAGAGCCAAACGAUCCAUCCAUCAACCCGCGUUAUCAUCAAGUUAGGAUUUUUGAAGGAGGUAAACGUGUCGACGAAUGUAUGGUGAAGAACGCCCUUCAGGUUUCUGGAGAUAACGUUACUAUUUAUGGUCUUUUCGCAGAACACACCGUCGAAGAUCAGGUGGUCUGGAAGGGCGAACAUGGCCAUGUGUGCUUUUUCCAAUGCGAAUUACCCUACGAUGUUGACACUGAUUUCAAUCAUACUGGUUAUCACGUACAUCAAGAUGUAGGUGUCCAUACCGCCAAGGGUCUGGGUGUAUAUUCGAAUUUUACGCAAUUUUCUGUAGUUGCAGCCAAGGGCUUGUCGUUCCCCUCAUUGGAUUUGAUCUCGAUUGAAAAUCCAUUUACUGUUUUUCUGAACGGAAAAGGCGGAAUUAAAAAUGUUCUUCACGAAGGUGAAGAGAAGAUUGGCGAUGAAGUGAGCAAGCUCAACAAGUUAGCUCGUGGAUGGAUUGGGACGGAGCAGCUUUGAAAACUCUGACACAGUCGCCAGAGGUGGAUAUCGCGUGGGUAUGAAUCCGGGAAUCUUUGUGCCUUUGCAGAAGACGAUGCACGAUACAAAAACAAGGAACUUGUCAACGUAAUGUCAAAGAAAAAGUCGAUGGCAUUAAAUAUUUGAAAAAUGACGUUACCGAGAUGAAUCAAGAGAUACCGAGCAAGCAUACCAACAUGGAAUUAAGAUUCAUAUGAAGUAGUAAAGUAAUUAGCCGUCU